UUGAAAUAUUUCUCUUUCCUUGCAGGCGAAUGCACUCAGCUGUUUAACUUCACUUCCGCUGUAAGUUUGAUGCAGAUGUAUUUAAGUUUCUAUUUGUGGGGUUUUAAAAAAUUCCAUUACAUGAAAAAGAGCGGCCUAACCAAUCUGAAAAUGAAAUGUGGAAGCAAUUUUGGCCUCGAGAUACCUGGCCCCGUCCCAAGCUCAGCAGCUGAGAAAGUGCACUCGUCCUUCAGUGACGUUGAUGAGUGCAUCAGUUUCAUACUGGAGAUCCCUGCUGCUGCCUCUCUUCACCACAGAAGCUCGGUGUGACGUUAAAUCCAGAGGUGAUGGGAGGGAGGUGCCUGUUAUCACCAGUGAUGAGCCUUCCUGCAAAAAGGUUGAGAUAUGUAAUCCCUACUCACCAGGGAAGACGGACAGAGCAUUGUCAAGCAAAAUGACAGCCACCAGUUUCUCACUUAUGUUUUCUGGAUGUUUUGUGACUCUGCUCAUCUGGGGGCACACAACAGUGGUUUGCCUGGUUGAUGAAAAUGAAAAUUUAGCCGCGCAAACAACCACAACAGUAGCGUAUCAAUCAACAGAGAUGACGAACAAUGCCACUCAUGGAGACCCUGGCUUGUCAUUUGGUUGCGGGAAUGGUUCUAACUGUAGGGAAUAUUGUAGCUUCUGUCAACAGAUUUAUAGAGGACCAACAAUGGAUUGUCUUAACACAUUAUUUGCACAUCUAUGUUUCCUCAAAUUUGAGAACGCAAUGACAUCACUAAACAGCACUGACUGGUGCAUUUGGGGUAAUGUGAGCAGUUUCUAUAGUAACUUCAGCCUUUGCACAGAAGAGAUAUCUGACUGUCUCCUGAUCCCAUGGCCCAACCCUCUGGUGGAGAAGACCUUUGUGGACAUUCACUCCAAGUUUUUCAUGGAUUGUCCUACAGAGGAGCUAAGUGACCCACCACCAGUCAUUGUCUUUGCCCUGGUGAUAACUCCCAUCUGUCUGAUCCCUGCCAUGGUUAGCCUUGUGGUGUUCAAAACAAAGAAUGGGGAUGGCAGCUCCUGAUAAUCUGGAAUCUCUGCUCUGAUCAUGAUCACCAUCAAGUUUUUGACCUAUGCUUCCCCAUCUCUCCUUACCUGAGGACCGCAGCUUGUUUACACGUAGACCUCUGCUGCAUUUUCAUCUCACCAGAGACUUUGCAGAGUACUGAAUCUUCAUGCUAAGUUUACCUACGCUUCACAACAUGGACGAACUCUAAAAUAUCAGCCAUUGAGGAAACCUAACCAGACACAACACUGAUUCAGCGUGAAUGACAUAAUUAGUCGCAUCACAAUUAUUGCAGCUGUUCAAUAACAAAGUCCUUGGUGUUAACAAAGACUUACUGUGAUAAAAUCUGUUAUUAUAAAUCCUUGUACCAUACUGUAUCUCAUUAAUGCUUUUAAAGAAAUGAUUGUGACAAAA